GUUCGCACACACAAGCAUUCUUCCCGUUCGAUUUCCCAUUCUAAAUGAAGAAGGAAGGAGCAGUUUAAUAAUGGCGGACACGUGUGGACAGGUGGUGCUAGGAACCGGGCUUACGGUUCUUUCCCACCCGCUUAUGUACAUUAAAGUACUAGUUCAGGUUGGGCAUGAACCUCUCCCCCCCACGACUGGAAGGAAUAUAUUUGGCAGGCAGGUGUACCAGCUCCCCGGUCUUUUUGCAUAUGCAAAGUACAUAAUGAAGGUGGAUGGGAAGGCGGGGCUCUUCAAAGGCCUCAUGCCCCGGCUCUGUGCUGGGACCAUCGGCACCGUAGUCCACAGCAGGGUCCUGCAGAGAUGCCAGGAAUCUGGCAAAGGUGAGAUCGCAAGGAGUUCGAAUGGAGACCGCUCAUUCCAGCAUGUGAUAAAUGAGACGACCAAAGAGAUGGUAGCACGUUCCUGUGCCACACUCAUCACGCACCCUUUCCAUGUGAUCACUUUGAGAUGCAUGGUGCAGUUCAUUGGCAGGGAAACAAAAUACUGUGGUGUUAUAGAUUCUGUUUUCACAAUCUACAAAGAGGAGGGGAUUCUGGGAUUCUUUGCUGGGCUCAUCCCCCGUCUCCUUGGCGAUGUGCUGUCGCUAUGGAUCUGUAACAUGCUGGCCCACCUGAUUAACACCUAUGCCAUUGACGAUUCGAUGAACCACAUGGGUGAGAUCCGAAACUGCUCCCAGGCUGUCACUGGGUUUUUUGCUAGCAUGCUCACGUAUCCCUUCGUAUUGGUCUCCAACCUGAUGGCCGUGAAUAACUGUGGGCUGGCCGGUGGCCUUCCCCCCUACGCCUCUGUAUAUCCCACCUGGCUGGAUUGCUGGAGACACUUGAGCCUGGAGGGAAACAUGAGCAGAGGAAAUAGUCUAUUUUUCCGAAAGUUGCCAGCAGGAAAGAUGUAUGCAGUGGAUCAGAAGAGAUUCUUUUAAAGGUGAAUCAGCAAAAGAGUAAUUGUACUAAGAUGAAGUGGGACAAGUAUAUCAAUUCUUUGUAUGCAUUUGUUUACAUUUGUUUUUUUUUUAACUACCACCAGUUCAAAUAAUGAUAUGUAAUUUUAUGACAGUGGGAGCUGCUUUGAUUGAAUCAGUAAAGAGCUUUAUAUUAAUACUUAGGGAUUUGUUUAAAAAAGGAACUUUUUAAACUCAUGGCUUGCAAUGGAGGCAAUUCACUUUUUACAUAAAGUGAAUAAUGUCUUCCCUUCGCUGUUGGGAUUUGGCGUGUCCCUGGUUAUCAGCAGCGUUCAUUGUACAGAAGUUCCCCACUGUGCCACUGUCAGGUUCCUCCGGUCAGGAAGGGCAAUCUCUGGUCUGCCACCAGUUCACGCGGACUUGCCUAUUUCAGUGUCCCUGCAAGCUCAGCAUGUACCUUUUGUUAUCCUGAAACCAGCCUGUGUUAGUAAGUGUGUCGUAAUGCUGAAUGUGUGAUUAUGCUAUGGCUCCAGCAGAGGGUCCAAUUCCAGAGAAAUGUCGAAUAAAGCCAAUGACUGGUGAGAAAUGAG